GUUGUCCGAACAGCGGGCAGUUGUGUAAGCUGCUGUGUAGCGGAGUUGUGCUCGGCCAGAAUGUCCUUUUUACGCCUUUGGUCUUUUAACACCAGAUGUUUAGUAAAGAAUGGAUUGUUACUAGAGUCAGUAACAGGAUGCUCCAGGAGGGCCGGGUAUUCGGCCGGAGGAGUGGUGAAGGAUAAAGAGCCGCUCCGCAAAGCAAAAACACCGCAGGGAAGGUUCGACGUGGACGACAAAGACUCAGAAACUAAAGACGUCCUUGAAAAGUUUCCAGAUGAUGUGAAUCCACACACAAAAGAGAAAGGGGGCCCCAGAGGCCCAGAGCCAACACGGUAUGGAGACUGGGAGAGAAAGGGACGCUGUAUUGACUUUUAGGUUUUCUUCACAAAGAAUAUUAUGAGUUUUUUUGAAUACUGUUAUGUAUUUGAGAUGUGCAUCCCAACCAGGCACUGUUCAUCUCUUUAGAUGGUUGUUAGGGUUUUUGAGAAGUGACCCAACUUGAUUAAUAGUGCACACUGAAUAGAUGCUUCCCUUACUUGUAUAAUUUAAUUCUUGCUAAAAUAAAUAUUUUUGUAAAAAAAAUGCACUUUGUGUACCUUUCCGUUACUAAAAUAUGUGUCAGUAUGAAAAAAAG